CUCGGGGGCAUCCGGGCAUGUGCUUUCAUGACUGACCCUCAUCUUCUAGGAAGAUCGUUAUGUUUGUCAAUAAUGAACAACAAAGCCAAGGAAGAUUGUUGGGGGAUCAUUCAAUGUGCCCAACUACCCAGUCUUCUAUUACCCAGAUCAAAGAAGAGGAGAGAGAAACCAACUUUCAUAUCUUUGAGUUCAAAUGAUGGCUUUUGGGAAAUUAACACAUUGGGUCUCUCUCCUCUUUCUGGGUUUUGCUGUUACUCUUUUUUACAUCUACCCAUCUCUAUCUUCUCAACAAUCCCCUGAAGAAUUACCCAAUUCUAUUUAUGAUUUCACUGUCAAGGAUAUCAAUGGUAAAAAUGUGAGUUUGAGUACUUACAAGGGGAAGGUUCUUCUGAUUGUCAAUGUCGCUUCCCAAUGCGGUUUAACAAAGUCAAACUAUCAUGAAAUGAACAUUUUGUAUAAGAAGUACAAGGACCAAGGGUUUGAAAUUUUAGCCUUCCCAUGUAAUCAGUUUGGUUGGCAAGAACCAGGAAGUAACGAAGAAAUCAAUGAAGCUGUCUGCUCCUCUUUUAAAGCAGAAUUCCCUUUAUUUCAGAAGAUAGAUGUCAAUGGGAAGAAUGCAGCACCACUUUACAAGUAUUUAAAAUCAAAGAAGUCCGGAGUAAUAGUAGAUGAGAUUAAAUGGAACUUUGCAAAAUUUUUGGUGGACAGACAAGGAAGCGUUGUUGAGAGAUAUGCUCCUGUGACCUCCCCCCUGCAAAUUGAGAGUGAGGUUCAAAACCUCUUGGGAUCAUCUUAGUGGUUGGAUCAUCAGGCAUAUAGUGUCCGAGACUUGGCUUUGACAACGAUUGUGCAGGUUAUGAAUUUUGUCUGUAUAUCACAUUGUAAAGGAAUCUAGUAGGACUGAUUUUCAAAAUUAAUAUCCUCAGUUCCUCACACACACCCUGAGCUUCUAUGAUACUUCUCUAGACAAGGCUAUGAUUGUUAAACGAUGAAAUUUUCUGUCCUGUAGUUUUUCAAAGUCGUCAUGCUAAAAUUUGUCAAUUGAGUAAUAUAAAGGAGCUACUACGUUUUGUAGAAAGUAGCAUUUUCAAA